GGCAACAUACCUAAUACUUCUUCCUCCUCCCCUUUUCCCCACAGAAACAACCCUGUGAAGUGGGUUGGGCCAAAAAAAGGGGGACUGGUCCAAACUCAUCCAAAGAGGCUCUAGUCUAGUGGCUCUAUAAACUGUUUUUACUAGCUUUAUAUUGUAGGAAUAUGAUAAAAGUUGGCUACUUAAAAUACUUAUUGCUCACAGAUGGGUCAUUCAUGCUCCCAUUAUAUAGGCUGAACAAACCAUAGUGAAGACACAUUGAAGUCAUACAUGGUGUAAUGGUUUCUUUGGUAUUACCUUAACAUAGCAUAUGACUCCUGCUAGUCAACAAAACAUCUCUAAUCAGUCCAUGGUGAAUAGUGUUACAUGUAUGAAUCCAUGUGUUGAUUAAGUAAGAGACAAUCUUUAGGGAGACAUGAUAGCAGUAUUCCAAUAUUUGAGGGGCUCUUACAAAGACAAGGAGGUCUAAACUAUUUGCCAAAGCACCAAAACACAAACAAUGGAUGAAAACUAACCAAGGAGAGAAGCAACCUAGAACCAAGGAAAAAUUUCCUAACGGAGCAAUCAACAAUGGAAUAACUUGCCUUCAUGAAAAAUGUGAAAAACAAAGCCAGAUAAGUGACAUUCUAGUUAAGCAACACGUGAAUCUACUCUUUCCGAUUCUUAGAACUUUCCAGGCCUGUUUUAAAUUCUCAGGUUCAAACCGAGAGUUCAUUAAAUGAUGGCAAGGCACUUUGCCGAAGGUGCCCAGGUUAUCUUUCUAGAAAGUUUAGUGGAGAUUAGGACGGUGGAGCUUUGAGCAUCUUAAUAUAUUAACGCAUGGCGGGGAAAAACAGGAGUGGCCCCAGGUAAGCUGCGGGUCCUUCCUGCUAGGAUGUUGGCCCAGAGCACAAAGGGUUAGUUCUCCAAGGGGCCGAGAGAAAAAGGGUGGGAUUUGGGCAGCUGUGCCGGCUUUCCUUUCCCAGGCUCUCCAGUACCGAAGCAGAGCGUGGGAGAGGCCGAGGAAACGGGCCGGCAGGGGUGGGGUUGUCUCGGCUGUCGGCUCGGCAGCCUACUCUUUGGCGCUAGGCGCUUGCGCCUGUGAGGAGAACCGCCGCCGCCGCCGCCGCCGCCGGAGAACAGAGGCCGUGCGGUUCCUGAAGCGAUCCUUUUUCGCGGGCUGGGGAGAUCCGAUGUCCAAGCUUGGCAAAGGGCCACCGAAUCACCCGAGGAGAGCGGGCGAGGUCCGACGGCAAGCUCGCCCAACCCGCCCCGCUUUUGCGCCCUCAGAGCGAGCCUGGAAGCGAUUGCAACUCGGGCUGUGAGGGCUGGGAAAGAAAAGGCAUCUUCCUCUUUCGCCAGGUUCCUGGUUAGGAGAUCCAGAGAGAUGCCUCUUGGCUUGAAUCUUCUCCCACUCCAGAGUUUCUUGGGUACAGAAGUCCGGCAAUUCCCGACCCUGCACCCUCAGCCAUUGGAAGAUUCUCCGUCUUGGCUUGUGCUGUGUGGCGUUUUUCGGAGGGCUAGAGGGAAGUCAGCUCUCAGCCCUCUGUAGCUGAGCGUUUUGAUACAUGUGGGUGUUCGUUUGGCACUUUUUUGAGUUCCUUCCAUCUCCACCGCCACCCUCGGUCUCCUUGAUCGUUCGCGAAGAGGCCUUGCUUUGCUCCUCCUUUUUCUUUGCCUGCAGCUCAGGGAGGGGACCUUUAAAAAAAAAUCUCUCCCUUUUGUGCAGGGACACACACAAACUCACACACAGCAGCAGGAACGUGGGUCAUCCAGUGGCAGAAAUAACCGCACACCUUAGGGGAGAGCAAGAAAGAGAAAGCUGAUCCUAAAUCCCAGGUCCCAAACCUGAAAUACAGAUGAAUCCAGAGGCUCUAUGUAAGAUGGAUGAAUAGAGAAGACUGAGAAAGGGGCAUAGCUGAGCUGGACCUUUCUGCUGAAAAGAAAACGGGGUUCUUCUGAAAAGAUGGUGGCUUUAUUUGGGCUGGGUUGCUGCUGAAAAGGCUUCAUUUCCCCCUUUGUCAAGCUCUCCAUCUCAAAGUGCCAGUCAGGAAGAGGAUGUAAGAAGACUCUUGGAAGAGUUGGUACCCACCUUUGUCACUUCCUCUCUGUAUGGGAGAAAGCUGAAUAUCACACAUAAGCGUAGACGACAUUUCAAUGGGGCCUGAUCCAAAGAUUUCAACCAACUUACUUCUGCAGUCACCACUGAGAAAACUGUCAGGGGCUGUCAUGUGUUGGGAAGAUGACAUCUUGAAGGUUGACACUGGAAGAAGGCACUGAAUACCUGCUCCUAAAGCUUCCAUGCCUUCCAGAUUACUGGAAGCUGAACUGUCGCUGAGGUAACUUUUGGCUUCUAGGCAGAUUCUCUUCACAAAGUUUAUAAAGAUUGGGUGGUGGAAACCAGCAGGAUGCCUCGGAAUAGGGCAUUCUCUGAGCCUGAAUACUCAGUAGAGUAUUCUGCAGACUAUUCAGUCAGCUUGCCUUCUGACCCAGAGCAUGGGGUCAGCCGGACCCAUGAGGUGACGGUGAGGAACUCAGGUUCUUGCCUCUGUCUGCCCCGUUUUAUGCGACUCACGUUCACCCCUGAGUCCUUGGAGAACCUCUACCAGACUUACUUCCGGAGGCAGCGUCAUGAGACUUUGCUGGUCCUGGUGGUCUUUGCAGCCCUCUUUGAUUGCUACGUUAUCAUCAUGUGCACAGUGGUGUACACUUCAGAGAAGCUGGCACCUACUGUGGCAGCAUCAGUGGGACUGGCUGCCCAGAUCCUCCUCUUUAUACUAUGCAAGUAUGAACUGCUGCCUGAUCGUGUCACCCGGAAAUUCAUGCCAUACAUUCUGUGGAUACUGAUAGCUGCUCAGAUAUUCUGCUACUUGGGCUUGAAUUUUGCCUGCUACCACGAGGCCAGUGACACAGUUGGAUGGCAGGCCUUUUUUGUCUUCUCCUUCUUCCUCACCCUCCCCUUGCAUCUCAUGCCCAUUGUCCUUAUCUCAGCCAUUUCUUGUGGCAUCCACAUGCUUGUGUUAGGAGUCACCAUUGCACAGCAGAAGCAGCAACAGCUGGAGUCCAUCUAUGGAAUCAUCUUGCUGUGGCAGAUCUUAUCCAAUGUUGCCAUCUAUAUGUGCACUAUCUGUGUGGGUAUCAUGUCUUACUACAUGGCAGACCGCAAGCACCGCAAAGCCUUCCUAGAAGCUCGGCAAUCUCUGGAGGUCAAGCUCAACCUUGAGGAACAAAGUCAGCAGCAGGAACGGUUGAUGCUUUCAAUUUUGCCCAGACAUGUAGCGGAUGAAAUGCUGAAGGAUAUGAAGAAAGAUGCAAGCCAAAAAGAAAUGCAACAGUUUAAUACCAUGUAUAUGUAUCGCCAUGAAAAUGUCAGCAUCCUUUUUGCUGACAUCGUAGGUUUUACGCAGCUGUCAUCCGCUUGCAGUGCCCAAGAAUUGGUGAAACUUUUGAACGAACUCUUUGCUCGAUUUGAUAAACUAGCAGCUAGACACCAUCAACUGCGUAUCAAGAUUCUGGGUGACUGCUACUACUGUAUCUGUGGAUUGCCAGACUAUCGUGAGGACCAUGCUGUUUGCUCAAUCAUGAUGGGUCUUGCUAUGGUGGAAGCUAUUUCCUAUGUAAGAGAGAAGACCAAAACAGAUGUGGACAUGCGUGUGGGGGUGCACAGUGGUGCUGUCCUUGGUGGAGUCCUAGGGCAGAAACGUUGGCAGUAUGAUGUAUGGUCCACAGAUGUAACUGUAGCUAACAAGAUGGAAGCAGGCGGCAUCCCUGGGCGUGUGCACAUCUCUCAGAGCACCAUGAACUGCUUAAAAGGUGAAUUUGAGGUGGAACCAGGAGAUGGUGGGUCACGGUGUGAAUACCUAAAGGAAAAGGGGAUCACCACCUACCUCAUAGUAGUACCGAAGCAGCCACUCAAGAAUGGGAUCAAUGGGGUAAAGUUAUCUGUCUCAUCCUCUCAUGGGAACUCACCUCAAUUGAUCAACACCAAAGAAUGCAAUGGGAGCAUUAAUACAACCUGCACAACUCCAGAUGAGGCAGAAGAAUCGGAUACUAGGGUAGUGAAUCCUUCCUUUCCCAACCCUCGAAGGCGUCUUCGCUUACGUGACUUGGCCGAGAGAGUGGUGGAUGCCUCAGAAAACGAGCAGGAACUCAAUAAGUUGCUUAAUGAGGCCUUGCUGGAGAGGGAAUCUGUGCAGGCGCUAAAAGGCAGGUCCACCUAUCGCCUCUCCAUGCGUUUCAUUGAUCCUGAGAUGGAGACACGUUACUCUGUGGAAAAGGAGAAGCAGAGCGGUGCUGCCUUCAGCUGUUCAUGUGUGGUCCUGUUCUUUACUGCUAUGGUGGAGAUCUUCAUUGAUCCACGGCUGCUAGCAAAUUAUGUGACAUUUGUUGUUGGUGAAAUCCUUCUACUCAUCUUGACUCUCUGUUCACUUGCUGCCAUCUUUCCCAGGGUUUUCCCUAAAAAGCUCGUGUCUUUUUCCACAUGGAUUGACAGAACUCGUUGGGCCAGGAACACCUGGGCUAUGUCUGCCAUUUUCAUCCUAACCAUGGCUGACAUUGUAGAUAUGCUCAGCUGCCAGCAGUAUUACACUAUUGUCAAUAAUACAGUUCCAGCAGUGCUUCCAGGUGGUUGUGUAGAGAAUCCCAAAUAUUACAGCUACAUAGCAGUGUUGGCACUCAUUGCAACAAUAAUGCUGGUGCAAGUCAGCCACAUGGUCAAGCUCACUCUGAUGUUGAUGAUCACAGGGGCAGUGGGAGUGGUCAACAUUCUGGCCUGGCAACAGAUCUUUGAUAGAUAUGAUCAGGAGCGAUUUCAGGAGAACAUGAUUUCACUAGUUCCAUCCAAGUAUUCCAUGACAGUGAUGAUCUUGGUGAUGAUGCUCAGUUUCUACUAUUUCUCACGUCAUGUAGAAAAGUUGGCUAGGACUUUAUUCUUAUGGAAAAUUGAUGUGCAUAGCCAGAAGGAGCGUGUGUAUGAGAUGCGGCGCUGGAAUGAAGCUCUUGUCACCAACAUGCUGCCAGAACAUGUGGCACGCCAUUUUCUUGGCUCUAAGAAACGAGAUGAGGAACUGUAUAGUCAGUCUUACGAUGAAAUUGGUGUUAUGUUUGCCUCUAUCCCCAACUUUGCCGACUUCUACACAGAGGAAAGUAUAAAUAAUGGUGGGAUUGAGUGCCUUCGCUUCCUCAAUGAAAUAAUCUCAGAUUUUGAUGCGCUCUUGGAUGAUCCCCAGUUCCGGUGCAUCACUAAAAUCAAAACCAUUGGCAGUACAUACAUGGCAGCUUCUGGUGUGACACCCGAUGUCAACAGCAAUGGUUACAACACUGUUAAGAAGGAAGAUCUUUCAGAAAAGGAGCGCUGGCAACAUUUGGCAGAUCUUGCAGACUUUGCCUUAGCCAUGAAAGAGACGUUGAUGAACAUUAACUAUCAGUCCUUCAAUAACUUCAUGCUGCGAAUAGGCAUGAAUAAAGGAGCUGUGCUAGCAGGGGUGAUUGGUGCCCGUAAACCUCACUAUGAUAUUUGGGGGAACACUGUGAAUGUAGCAAGCCGGAUGGAGUCCACAGGUGUCAUGGGAAAUAUACAGGUGGUGGAAGAAACUCACUUUAUCUUGAAAGAGUACGGCUUCCGCUUUGUGCGCCGAGGGCACAUUUACGUCAAAGGCAAAGGUGACUUGCUGACCUAUUUUAUGAAAGGACGUGAAAAGCAAGGUUCCUUUAUCAAUGGUUCAUGUGUGACAUUGCCUCAUCAGGUGGUUGACAGUUCUUGAACUUCUCACUCUACAUGCAAAUAGCAGAAAAAAGCAGGUACCUCUGUAAUGCCCAAAGACAAACUGCUUUCAGCACCUGCUGCUCUGGAUGGGAGAUUGGUAUAUACACCAUUAAUAGAUUUACAGGAAAUCACCCCUUUGCUUGUUCCUUUCUUCUUGAACAUUUAUUAUUUGUAAAGGGGCUCCCUUGCCAUCAGUUUGCAUUUGUUUGUUAAUAUAGAAAGGGCAGUAGAAAGGUUUCGAUAGGAAGAAUCCUGCCUUUUGCACAAAUACGUGGCUUCUUGCACAUUCAGGCCUGGAGGUAAUAGAAUUCUCACUGCGGCCUUGCUUGGCUAGAUCACUCUGCAUUAUCUUUUUAGUUCAAAUGUGCAGUGGUUUUAAUUUUCCAUUGAUCCAAGCUGUGCAUAGACUUCUUUGUAAAACCAAAUGCAAGUUCCGAAUGGGUACCACAAAUGGGCAGACAAACUGGGAAAACUGCAUAAAGUUCACACUUGGCCCACUUGGAGUUAAUAAUUGCCUCAAAACAGGCAAAUAGCAGAAAGGAAAAAGAGCACGCGAAAUCUUUCUUUUCAUUGUAACAAGAUGCUCUAUUUUGGAGGGGAAAAGGGAAAGAGAUCAUUCAUGUAGAUGAAUGGUAAUAUAUAUAUAUAUAUAUAUAUAUGAUAAUAUAUAUGAGAACAGAUACCUUUAUAUUUUUAAUGCAUCUUAAUUGUGAAAGUAAGGUGCCUGUUUCAGGCUGUGCCUUGCGUCCCUUUCUGCCCUCAACUUUGCUGAUGCUUUAAAAGGAAGAGAUUUAUACAGCCUGAACCAAGGCUGUUUUAUUAAAAGCCUUCAUCUGAUUGUUACGUUGAAAUAAAAAUUAUGUAAUUUGUUUAGUUUCUCAAAUAGAUUGUUUGAUUUUAAAA